UCGUGUGUCAAGUUACAGAGGCGCCGGAAUCGGCCCCAGCGCUCCUCGGCAGCGGCCACGACCCACCUCUGCCCAUGGGGCCCUCCAUGUGCACCCCUUCGUCCCGGGACUGAAACUGGCUCGCCCGGGCGACGGGAAACACCAAGAAGGACAGACAGUGCUGAACCAACUCCGGACUGCAGAUACUUGAAGGGACAGAAGGGGCAGAAAGGAGAGCCGGCCAGAUUUCCCUAACUUUCCUGGACUUGGAACGUUCUUCGAAGCAACUUUUUUUUUUCACCUGGGUGUACCCCCCGAUCACUGCUGGUUGUAUUUUUUUUUUUUUUUUUUGCUCCCCCCGCCCCCCCUCCAGCUGCUAUUUUUUCCAUCCUCUUUGCCGAGAGCAAAGGAAAGGGACAUUUUUCCAGCGACACAAGCCUUUUCCCCCACUGCCCCGGAGCUUGAGAUCGCGUUUUGGGGCAGCGGCUCUCGCCUUUAUUUAUUCUAUUUAUUUAUUUAUUGGUUCUCAAGACGCGAGGGGAUGGUAGCGGAGCGCUCCGGCAAAGCGACAGCCGCCGGUGUCCGCGGCCCUGGGGAGCUGGGCGCACCCGGGACAGUGGCUCUGGCGGUGGCGCCGGCGGAGCGCUGUGCUCGGCUGCCGAGCCCUGGGUCGUGCGGGCUGCUGGCGCUGGCUCUCUGCUCGCUGGCGCUCAGCCUGCUCGCCCACUUUCGGACGGUCGAGCUGCAGGCCCGGGUCCUGCGCCUGGAAGCGGAGCGUGGGGAGCAGCAAAUGGAGCCGGCUAUUUUGGGACGAGUCAACCAACUGCUGGAUGAGAAAUGGAAGCUCCACUCACGGAGGCGCCGGGAGACCCCGAAGACGUCCCCAGGAUGCCACUGCCCGCCAGGGCCUCCUGGUCCUGCUGGAAGACCCGGCCUCCCGGGGGACAAAGGUGCCAUUGGGAUGCCCGGACGUGUGGGUGCCCCAGGAGAUGCCGGCAUGUCCAUCAUUGGUCCCCGCGGCCCCCCUGGUCAGCCAGGCACCCGAGGUUUUCCAGGAUUUCCGGGUCCCAUUGGGCUCGACGGCAAACCGGGCCGGCCAGGACCAAAGGGGGAGAUGGGACCUCAAGGACAAAAGGGAGAAAAGGGUCAGUGUGGAGAGUACCCACACCGGGAGCACCUAAGUGGCUCUCUAGCAGCUCUGCGCUCCAACCAGAUAAUUAUUCUGAAGCUGCUGCCUCUCCUCAAUUCAGUGCGGCUGGCUCCACCCCCAGUCAUUAAAAGGCGGACCUUCCAGGGUGAACAGGGCCAGGCUGGCAUCCAAGGCCCGCCAGGGCCACCAGGCCCUCCCGGACCGAGCGGACCUCUGGGGCACCCAGGACUGCCAGGGCCCAUGGGGCCGCCCGGCUUACCGGGGCCUCCUGGACCAAAGGGAGACCCAGGGAUCCAGGGCUACCACGGCCGGAAGGGAGAACGGGGCAUGCCAGGGAUGCCAGGCAAACACGGAGCAAAGGGUGAACCUGGGAUCCCAGGAGCCAAGGGUGAGAAGGGGGCUGCGGGGUCCCCCGGGCCACUCGGCCUCUUGGGGCAGAAGGGAGAAAAAGGCGAUGCUGGCAACUCCAUUGAAGGAGGCAGAGGGGAGCCUGGCCCCCCAGGGCUUCCUGGACCCCCAGGGCAAAAGGGGGAAGCUGGAGCAGAUGGCCCAGAAGGCCCCCCAGGACAGCAAGGAGACAAGGGGGACCCUGGAGCACCUGGAGAUCAGGGACCUACUGGCCCCAAGGGCUCCAAGGGAGAACCUGGGAAAGGAGAGAUGGUGGACUACAACGGGAACAUCAACGAGGCUCUCCAGGAGAUCCGGACACUGGCCUUGAUGGGCCCCCCUGGUCUUCCUGGGCAGAUCGGCCCACCCGGAGCUCCAGGGAUCCCAGGCGAGAAGGGGGAGAUUGGACUGCCAGGCCCUCCCGGACUCGACGGGGAAAAGGGACCUCGAGGCAAACCAGGAGAUGUGGGCCCUCCUGGUCCCCAAGGCCCCCCAGGAAAGCCUGGGCAUGCAGGAAUGAAGGGAGAAGACGGCCUCCCGGGGAGCCCAGGAGAGAAGGGGGAGAAAGGGGAGACGGGGCAGCCAGGACCACCGGGUCUAGACGGCCCAACUGGGGAGAAAGGAGAACCAGGUGACCCAGGGAGACCCGGCGCGACUGGACUUCCUGGCCCAAUCGGGCUCCCAGGAUUUAUAGGAGAGAAAGGAGAACCAGGGGAGAAGGGUGACCCAGGAAUGGAGGUUCCUGGGCCACCAGGGCCAGAGGGGCCUCCUGGACCUCCGGGGCUCCAAGGCGUUCCUGGACCAAAGGGGGAAGCAGGACUAGACGGAGCAAAAGGAGAAAAGGGCGUCCAGGGAGAAAAAGGAGACCGAGGUCCUCUGGGAUUACCCGGAGCUUCAGGUUUGGACGGCAGGCCUGGGCCACCGGGUACUCCAGGACCAAUCGGAGUUCCAGGCCCAGCGGGACCAAAAGGAGAGAGGGGCAGCAAAGGCGACCCUGGGAUGACAGGACCAACAGGAGCAGCUGGGCUUCCUGGUUUACAUGGACCACCCGGGGACAAAGGAAACCGGGGGGAGAGGGGGAAGAAAGGCUCUAGAGGGCCUAAGGGGGAUAAGGGAGACCAAGGAGCGCCUGGAUUAGAUGCCCCCUGUCCAUUGGGUGAAGAUGGCUUGCCAGUCCAGGGCUGCUGGAACAAGUGAUGCCUCUAACCUGGGAUUGGCCUGUGUGUGUGUUUGUACAUAGAAUAUUUAUUUUUAUACAGUUUUCACUUUUUGAAAAUGCCCAAAGUAUGAUGCAUCUUACAGAUUAUUUUUUAAAAAAGGAAAACCUGCAUAUUUUGUACAGAAAAUACCAACCUCUUCCCUUUUGUUUACAAGAUGUUUUGCAUACGUCUAAGACUCUAAUACACUUUUCAUUUGUGAGUACAGCUGUAUGUUUGCAUGAUAUUUGUGCACACUUAUUAAGUAUUGAAGCUUAAUAAAUUAUUGUGUUCCAGUGCCAAAGGGGGCCAACCAGCACUUAGGUACUGGCUGGUUUGUGUGUGACUUCACAGAUACAAGAGGGUCCAUGGUGUUUGCUAAGCUAGGUGUGUCUCAGAAUAUUUUAAACUCUUAUGGAUUUUCACUAUUAAAAAAGUGAAACAUGGAAA